GUGUACGUAGUCGAGUACUUUUAUAACUAAGUUGAAUUAAUUUUAGUACAUAUAUUUUAUAUACAAAACCAUAACUUAUCGAAGCUAUCAAGUCCUACUUCCUUAUAAAACACUUGAAAUGGAAAAAAAUGAAAGUGAAAAGCCGGUAAAGCUAAUGCGAUUCAAACGAUACCAUUGUCAUACGUGUGGUGUUUUUACUAACUCCGCUAAUCAAUAUACACAGCAUUUGGAAGGAAUCCGGCAUAAACAGCGACUAAUAAGCAAAUCUGCGGAGAGCGACUCAAACUAUGUUAGUUCUGAUGAUGGCUGCAAUUCCAGUUUUUAUAUUCCUGCCCUGUUUAUAACUUUAUUUACUAGUUUUACGUUCUUUUAUAUUUGUGAGAUGUUAUUGGGUAACUGUAAAUAAUUAUAAUAAAGUAUCUCAUUAACGACGUCUUAAAUUUCGCGCCAUAAUUUUAAUUGGUGGAGAAGUCGUCCCCAAGCGUUCACGGCUUCUAUGCGCACGAACGAACGCGCAGAACAAUGAGGUAGCAGCCAUUUUAUGUCGCUGGCUAAGAAAAACAUAAUUCGAAUGGCCAAUCUUAUCGGAAUUGUGUAAUUAGUGUUCUAAUUUAUGUGUUUCUGCACACGCCACUUUUGUUAGACGUUUCUUCAUAUAAGUGGGGCAGGGUAGCCGCGAUGGGGUGCAGCAGGCACCAUUAGCUUUCCAGCGCAUUGGGGCGUGGGGGGCGUGGCACGGGGCGUGGGCGUCCCCGUGCCGCCCCCCGGCGACCUCCUGGCCACCAUCUCCAUGUUCGAGCAGCAGAUUAAAGCUGAGCCUAUGAGUUUCUACACAUCACAUUCACAUAUAAACACCGGUCCGCCUACAAUAGUCCGUUCAGAUUCACAUGGCAUCAUUAUGAACCAGCACCUUCCCCAAGAGGACUCCAAAGACAGCCUCAUACAACACCAAGUACACCAACAGGAGCUGCUGGAACAGCACCAACAGGAUAUGCAACAUGAACAGGAUGAUGAUGUUGAUAAUCUAAGUUUCAAAGGUAUGGACGAUGAAGGUGUUGAAAUGGACAUGGACGCACGGCAAUGUUCUCAGGGUAUGGGUGUCGAUAUGGGUUCGGUUCAGACGAAGAUGGAAGUGUCUAACGGUCAAGGUGUACCACGAUCUAAACCUCAAGCUUGUAAGGUUUGCGGGAAAGUGUUGUCAUCGGCGUCUUCGUAUUAUGUCCACAUGAAACUACACUCUGGCAACAAACCUUUUCAGUGCACGGUAUGUGACGCAGCGUUCUGCCGCAAGCCAUACUUAGAAGUGCACAUGCGCACGCACACAGGAGAAAGACCUUUCCAAUGCGAUCUAUGUCUCAAGAGAUUUACGCAGAAGUCCAGUCUCAAUACGCACAAACGUGUACACACCGAUGAGCACCUUCGCGCAUUGAUGGUGAAGGAGCGGCCCUACAAGUGUGACCUCUGUCAGAUGCGCUUCACGCAGAGCUCCAGCCUCAACCGCCACAAGAAAAUACACACGGAGGAGCACAGACGAGCCCUGUUAGAGAAAGUGCGGCCGUACCAGUGCCACAUCUGUUUUAUGCGCUUCACUCAGAAGUCCAGCCUUGGCCGACAUGGAAAGAUACACACGGAGGAGCACAUCCAAUCGCUGAUCAACAAAGUGCGCCCCUAUCAAUGCGACAUCUGUGACAAGCGCUUCACUCAGAAGUCCAGCCUGGGCACUCAUAAACGUAUACACACCGGCGAGCGGCCCUUCCAGUGCACCGUCUGCCUCAAGUCCUUCACGCAGAAGUGCGCGCUCAAUUUGCACGAAAAAAUACAUACGGGCGAGCGGCCCUAUCAGUGCGACGCGUGUCUGAAGCGCUUCACGCAGAAGUCCAGCCUCAAUAUCCAUAGACGGACGCACACAGUCCAGGGCAGACCGUUCCAGUGCCUGUCGUGUCCCGCGGCCUUCACCUGCAAGCAAUACCUGGAGAUUCACACGCGGACGCACACGGGUGAGCGGCCGUAUCAGUGCGACAUCUGCCUGAAGCGCUUCACGCAGAAGUCGAGUCUCAACAUUCACAAGCGGACGCACUCAGACCGGCAUACAGUGCAGGGCCGGCCCUUCCAGUGUCUGCAGUGUCCGGCGGCCUUCACUUGCAAGCAGUAUCUGGAGAUCCACAAUCGAACGCACACGGGCGAGCGGCCCUACCAGUGCGACGUGUGCCUCAAGAGAUUCGCGCAAAAGUCUACGCUGAACAUACACAAAAGAACGCACACGGUGCAAGGGCGGCCGUAUCAGUGCAUGGAGUGCCCGGCGGCGUUCACUUGCAAGCCCUACCUGGAAAUACACAUGCGCACGCACACUGGCGAGCGGCCCUUCGAGUGCGAUGUCUGUUACAAACGCUUCACGCAGAAAUCUACCCUCAACAUUCACAAGCGCAUUCAUACCGGGGAACGCCCCUACGCAUGUGAUAUAUGUCAGAAAAGAUUCGCUGUGAAGAGUUAUGUUACGGCUCACAGGUGGUCGCACGUAGCGGACAAGCCGCUGAGUUGCGAGCGUUGUUCAAUGACAUUCACGUCCAAGUCUCAAUUCGCGUUGCACAUUCGUACGCACGCGGCCGGACCUUGCUACGAGUGUAGCGUGUGCGGUCGCACGUUUGUACGGGACAGCUAUCUAAUACGUCAUCACAAUCGCGUGCACCGCGACAGCCACAGUAAUAUGUCUGCUAAUAGUGGCGUUAUAAGCAACGCUGGUGGGGCAGGAAAUUCAGGCAACUAUGACUCUCCUGGCGUCUGCGAUUUGAGCUUUGUCCCUAUGGUGAACCGUUACCUGACGUCACAAGGCACACAAGUCUCGCUUGACGGCACAACAAAGAUGUCAGCCAUGUCACCACAGUCCAUCGCUUCUAUUUCGUCCCCCCCUCCGUCGCACACGCCUACCCCCCAGCCACAACAGAUGACGUCAGGGAUGCGACUAUCGGACUGAUCCCUUCUGCAUAUAGCUCUCGAUUAAGGUCCAUAGCCGCAAGUGCAAUAAGGCCAGGAGCAGCUACACACACUUAUUAUAUUAUAUUUAUUUAUACAUUAUGUAUGUAUGGUCGGCCGUCACUCGUUAACGGAUGGAGAGGAUCCCUCGGGCCGAGCACGUGUCGGGUUUAGUCAGUAGGGCUGCUACGUUUUACUUUAUUCCUUUAACCAACUUCAUAAAAGGUUUAGUUAGUGAUACAUGUAUGUCAUAGAAUUGAAUUUUAAAAAUUCUGUAAUGUGAUCUUUUUAUGUACGUUUUUCUACGAUAAUGUCGAGGUUAUUCAGAAUUAGUGGAUAAUAAGUUUCAAAA